GUUAAACAAAAAAAAAGUCAAAAUCGAGUCGUACUACAUUUAUUUUAAAACAGACAUUUCAAAAAAUUAAAUGUGUGUUUCGUUCGACAAAUAUCUAAAAUUAUAUUUCCGGUAAUUAUGGCCAGUAAAAAUGUGCAGCACCCUUUGAAAAAUGAGCAAUCUUUGCGCACUAAGCGAAAGCAUCAAAUGUACGGGAAGCUCAUCGAUUUGUACAAACAUCGUGAGUGCCUUUGGAUGGAGAACCACAAAGACUUCUUUAAUUUUGCACUAAAAGAAGAGAUGUGGGAAGAGAUUGCCAACGCAAUGGUCGGUCCAAGGCAUCCCUAUCCGAAUGUCGAUAGAUGGAAGCGAUUGAUUCAUACACUGAGCUAUCGCGUAAAGCUGGAACAACUCCACGAGCAGGAGGCCAAUUACAGUAAUCAAUUAAAUGAGUUGCCGCCAAGGCUCAGCUAUUCGAAUAAGUUGCAGUUUCUAUUCAAGCAUAUGUUCGACAGAAAGGAUAAGGAAUUACCCGAAUCCAUGUCUUCAAUUCCGGUGGAUAAAUCUGAAGGAGUGGCUCAAGAAAGUUUGGCCGCCAAGUGUAUGCGAUUGGGACGUGAUAAACUCAAAAGUCGCAUAUCGUUUUCAGACAAGCUGAAGGUGCUAGAAAAUUUGAGAAAUCGUCGACGCAGAACUUUCACACUGUCACCGGAAGCAUUUGCUAGGUUGAAAUUGCCGGGAAAGAAGUGCGUCCACUUAAAAGAAGGAUGAACAAUGAACAUUUUGUGCCUUCAUAAAAUUCGACAAUAUAUUUACAUAUAGCCUUUUUCGAUUUUAUUACA